AUUUUGUUAUUAGUAAAGAAUUAUUACUGUUAUUUUGUAUUAGCGUACAAGAUAGUAAUUUAGAGAAUAUAAAUAUAAGUAAAUACAAAGGAGGCGUUUGCUCUCUUUUGUGGCUAUAUUACUUGUCACAUAAUCUCAUGAUUGUUUACAUAUGACGUAUGUGAUGAAACGCAAACAUUAAUAGAUCAUUACCUUUGGAUUCCUAUGUACUACUAAUAAUAACCCAGAUAGUCAAGCGUGUCUGAGCAAAAUCGCGCAAACCUGUGAUUGCUUAUGAUGCUGGACACUUGCCGUAUAUUUGCUUCAAUGAUUUCGAGUAAUUUAAUAUUUGAAGCAACACGCAGGCAACAUUGGUAUAUGUCAGAGCAUGUGGAAUUGCAACAUUUAGUUGACGCCGAUGUGGAGAAUAACACAACAAAUCAUAAAAAAAAGUUUUCUAUUCUAUUAUGUAAAUCUUGUCCUUAUAUGGGUCUAAUUUUAGCGACACUCUCAUCUCUGUUCUUCUCAUUAUGUAGUGUGAUUGUGAAGAGCUUGGUAGAAGUAAAUCCAACAGAAAUGGCAAUUUUUAGAUUUUUAGGGGUAUUGUUACCAGCUAUACCAAUUGUGAUUUAUAAAGGUGAACAUCCUUUUCCAAAGGGACGUAGAUUAAUACUUAUUCUAAGGAGUUUUAUUGGUACAACAGGACUUAUGUUUAGUUUCUACGCGUUUAGACAUAUGCCGUUGGCUGAUGCCUCAGUUAUUGUAUUUUCUGUUCCUGUUUUUGUAGCAAUAUUUGCACGGAUAUUUUUGAAAGAACCCUGUGGGCUGUUCAACGUUGUAAUUGUAUGUUUGACACUGAUUGGUGUGAUAUUGAUAACACGACCUCCGUUAAUUUUUGGUAACACCAUAGAAUCUCUCUCGGAUGGUCAUAUUAAGCCAGAGCAUGCAGAUUUAUGGAGUGCUAUGGCUGCUUUUUCAGCUACUUUAUUUGGUGCAAAUGCAUAUGUUUUACUACGUGCAUUAAAAGGUCUUCAUUUUUCUGUUAUAAUGACAAACUUUGGUUUAUUUGCCUUGAUUCAAACUACGCUUAUAUCAUGGGUAAUUGGCGCAUUAUGUAUGCCACAUUGUGGUACAGAUAGACUUUUGGUUGUUGCACUCGCACUGUUUAGUUUUGCAGGCCAAAUUUUGUUAACCUUAGCUCUUCAAAUUGAACAAGCUGGUCCAGUGGCCAUAGCAAGAUCCACAGAUAUUGUCUUUGCGUUCUUUUGGCAGGUAUUAUUUUUUAAUGAAAUACCAAAUUGUUAUUCUGUAGGCGGGGCUAUAUUAGUCAUUAGCUCAGUUUUAUUAACAGGAUUAAGAAAAUGGGCUCUUUCAUUACCGGAAACAUCAAAUAUUAAAAAGUCUUUUGGAAUCUUAGUCAUAUAAGUAAUGAUUUUUUUAUUUAGAGACAAAAAAGUAGACUGCAAAAGAGAAUGCCCAAAAAGCAAUCAUAUAUGAAAAAUAUUGUUAUGAAUAAUAACAAUUUAAAUGUUUAUUUUAAAAUUUGUGAGUUUAUAUGUACAAGGUAUUUUAGAUAUAUCAGUUCACCUGCUAAUGGUUGAUUUUAGUGAUUACUUGAAGAUGAAAAGUUUGAUACAAAAUAAGCAUUUGAAUUUAGCAAAUUGGAUUGGCAAGAUCUUAUGCAUUCAAAUAUUGCAAUAAAGAUACUCUAAGAUAUUAAUUAAUUUUUAAAUAUUAAUAUAAUUUUGUGUCUGUUCAAAAUAUCUUUCAACAUUGUCAAUGUUGUUUCUUUAUGUCAGGUUUAUAGUUGGUAGUUUGUACUUUUUGGCCGAUAUUGCUUACUGCCAUCCCUACUUCUCGUAGCAUCUAUGCUGCUUGCAGAGACGCUCAAGUUCAGAAUAUUAGCUAUAAAUCGUAUUUGAUUUAUAGCUUAAUUGGAAUUUUGGCGUGUGUUGCCCUGUGCACUGUUUAUUGUUUAUAGAGUUAUUAUAUAUGUUAUACGUAUCUAUAUAUGUAUAUAGGAUGACAAGAAAUUCUCAGAAUUUUUUAAAUACAUGAAGCAGGUAGAAAUCAGUAUAGAAAUUAAACAUUUACACUUUAAACAGAACAUAAAACUUUCUUAGAAUAUUAAUAACAAAAAUUAAACAAAGAAAAUUACGAUAAAAUUAUUUCCUUUGGUUUUAAUACAUUUUUGAAGUCACUUUGAAAGCAAGGAAGCAAUUUUGAACAUUUAUUAAAAUU